AUGUGUAAUGGACAGGACUUUCAGCCAAUCACAGCACACAUUGUUACAACUUUAAGACCUGAAAUUGGAAAGGUUAUGUAUAAUGACCACAAGCAGGUUUCAGUAGCAGACUUACCAGGACUCAUUGAAGGUGCUCAUGAGAAUAAAGGCAUGGGACACAAGUUUCUCAAGCAUGUGGAGAGAACCAAGCAGCUCAUGUUUGUGGUCGACAUCUGUGGGUUUCAGCUAGCUAGUAAUACCCCGGUUAGGUCUGCAUUUGAAACCGUGCUGCUUUUAACCAAGGAAUUGGAGUUGUAUAAGGAGGAACUGUUAGGCAAGCCAGCGAUCCUGGUCAUAAAUAAGAUGGACCUCCCCGAGGCUCAGGGUUGUCUCCGAGAACUGGAAGCUCACUUGGAGAACCAGGAAGAAUCAAGCAACCUCUUUCCUGAGUAUGUCAUCCCUAAAAGCCUAAUGCGUUUCACGCACAUCAUCCCAGUCUCUGCCACAACUGGCCUUGGUCUGCCCUUGCUCAAGUCCCUCAUCCGCCAAUCACUUGAGGAGCAGGACAUCAUAGAAACUGAGAGUCAGCGCAAUGAGAGGCUACUCAAGUUGAGAAGGGAGAUUCCCACUUCAUCGGUACCUAGCUGGGGGUUUCCUCAACUGACCUUAGAUCACACAUACAGGUUUCGGCAUGGCAGCCCAUAAAUGAUCCUCAGGGAUACUGUUAAACAUUUGCGAAUAUGUGAAAUAUGCAGUGUGUGGUUAAAGCGCAUUCAGUGGAACACAAACAGCACAUUUCACUUGACAAAUCAGUCUGUAUUGUAUAAACUAGUAUCUGUGCCUGAUAUGUGUUUAAAUGUUACAUUCUGACAUCAAAAUGCUGACCUUUGUGUCUGGGUAAGCUUUCAUGUAAUGCAUUGCUUGAAGUUGGUUUUAGCUGCUCUCCCAGUCUAAUCAGGCUGGUCUGGACUGCUGGAAGGCGUUUUGGGAACUUGACAACUGGUCCACCAGCUAUACCAUCUGAACAGGCUGGGAGACCAGAUUAAAAGCUGGCCAUUACAAAAAAAUUUUUUUUUUUCUUUUUUCAAGGAAAGACAGCUAAAAAUGCUCUCUAUGAAAAUUAUUUUCUAUACUUUAUUCUAUAAAAAGUGACCACCUGGAGUUUUAGCCAUUAAUUAGUUAUUAUUCCAUUAGCCUCCCUGUCUCUCAAGCUCUUCAUGCAUUUUGUGGAGAAGUUUGUAACAGAAUCAGAGCUCUACUGCCAUCUGCUGAUUUUUCAUGCUGCUGUUUGUGAUUUAGGUGUUUUAUACCUUCAUAGAUUGUUUAAUGCUAGAUUAUUCAGUGCCAGAGUAAAACACUUGCAAUAAAAUUAGGAAUGAUCAGUUCAAAACUGUUUUUGUCUAUCAUAAAUGUUUAUGUCCUUUUCUUCACCUGCACACAAGGGACAGCUCCACCAUAUGCCACUAAAAUCUUGCAGGUGGUUUGCAGGCUCCUUUUCAUGAGAAACACAGACAGUGGGCUGUUUGUUUCAGAGGUUGCAGAUGCUUUGAUCUUUGUAAAAUCUGCAUGCAUUGUUAGAUCCUUUCAACACCUAGGAAAGCCAAGCAUGUGGAUCCAGUCUUUUUAUCAGAAUUUGUCAGAAGACAUCUGUUUUGUUUGGUAUCAAAAACCAGUUAAAACCCCAAACCAGUUAGAACUGCAUUUUAUCCAAUUAAUAAUUUUUUAUUCGUUGUCUUGUAUCAGCCAAGAGGUUGGCAGAGGAAACAGUGAGAGAAAGCAGGAGAUAAAGUGAUCUGAAUGAGCAGGUUUUAUUGAAUAAUCUUAGUCUUUUUCAGUGCUUAGCUGGACUUCAUCUGACCACCACAAAUUCAACAAGUGUUGAAUUAAUGCAAUGGAAAAUGACCGCUUCACAGCAUCGUCAUGUGACGUUAAAAACCUUGAAAUGGAGACUUUUCCUUAUCUCUCACAAAGACAAAUAUCCCUUGAAACCACAUAAUCAUAACAUCAUAAGAUUAUUAAGAUAACCACAAAAUCAUAAGAUUAAUCUACAAUAGCAAGCAUCACAA